AGUAGCUCAUGAACUCGUGGUUUUUCUUGGCAGCACUGAAAGUUCAUGAGCUCUCUCAGAAAGCAAAGAGAGGAGUUUCGGAUCAUUUUAUCUAUCUUGCUUGCUAUUUUGGCGCGAAGAUUACAAAUCCUUGAGCGGAAAGUGCAGAAUUCUGUAACCAUGGAUAAUCUAUGUCUGUAACUUAGCUGUAGCUGGAGUUGGACAUAUUCUUGUGAAAAAAACACUGAAGAAAUGUAACAGUCACAAUUUCUUUUACGCAGCGAUCUGCUGGUAUGGACGAAAAUAGGAGAUCGUCGAUCUCCUUUUCGCACUAGCGAUCUUCGACCACACUUCAAAAAAAAUUAUCUGUCUGUCGCACACAGGGAUUUCAAUAGUUCUUUUAUAUCGAACUCCUUUUAGCACGCAAAAGAACUAUGGACACAAAGUAGAAUUAUUGAAAAAAUCGACUUUCCGCUCACGGAUUUGUAAUCUUCGCAUCAAAAUCAAGGAUGACAUGAUGCUUGUCAAAAUAAGUCGAUUUAAAAAAAAUUAUAAUUUUCGCAGCCUCCUUCGUUGGGGGACCUAAACUAUACAUAUACCAUUAAAAGAACAGUUUGGUUUCUACUUCGAUCCGAAUCUCACACAUGCUGGCGUUCAAAGACGAAUGAAUGUGCAUGUGGUAAACUGCACACAGCAGAAUUGCGUAGGGGUAUUUGAGUGUACAUUUGGACUGUUACGUGAUCCAUUUGCUGAGAACAAUUGAAAAAUGAGAAGAAGCACAAAGAAUCACUUUGCCUGCCGAUACCGGAAGUUUUUAUUCACUUCCAUGGUUCCUCCAAACGUAUGAGCUCAGCAGAUAGAUUUUUUGAAAAAUGUAAUGUAUCCUUCUCUUUCCUUAAAAAUUUAAAAAAUUUCUUGAACUAAUUUGAUAUCGUUUGACCUCACAAAAUAACGAACUUACUGCCGAUGAAAUAAAUUUAAUUUUUACACAGACUUUAGUUGAAGUUUUUAACAUCGCUGUAUAAUAGCCGUCUGAAAAUUAAGAGAAAAACAAAAUUGGCUUUAGAUAAAAAUGCGCGUACAAUUUUUAAAAUUCAUAAUUUCCUUUCGAUCCUCCCACUGCUCAGAAAUGGAGGUUUUCACAAAAUUUAAUUUCAUCUUGCAUAAAUAAAUAUAGCUUCAAUCCCAAAUUAUCAUUACCAGGACAAUAAACAUAAAACAUGCUGUACUCUCGUUGGUCGCAAAAAGUGGUGGUAUGCAUCAGCACGUCUGCGCUUUUUAUGCGUUGCACAGCGACAUUCUGAAAGUAAAUUAAAUAUUAUAGCAUUGUUUGGACAAAAAUAAAUUAUAGUACCGGUAUUAUAACAUGCGGGAGAAUUUCAAUAUAUACAUGUUUUUAUGUACGAUUUAAGAGAACACUUUGAUGCUUAUUAUUUUUUUAAUUUGUAAAGUGAAGUUAAAUUAGUCUUCUUAAAUUAAAAAAAUAAAGAUUUUAAUAACUUUUAUGGAGAAAAAUGUAUCAAACGGAAAUAAUUCUCAAUCUUACCUCUACGAAUGUUAUAGUUUUGUAGAAUAAACUUUGAUAGAUCUGGGAUAGAUAAGCAUCAUUAUCCUGAAUAAAUAGUUACUUCUAAGAAAGUUUAAGCGUGAGAAAUGAAAAAGCGUUUUAUGAAAGUUUAUUAGUCGACGUGGGCUCAGUUAGUGGCUGGCUGUAGCAUGACUAUUUUGUCCCAGGGCGAAGCUUUUAUUCGUUCUCGGUAAUUUUCAUUCAGUUUUAAUGACCCAUACUAAUAAACUUUCUGCACAGAUAUAAUUGUAACAUAUUGUAAGAUCAGCUCAAAUUGCUCAUAUUUUGGAAUUGGAUAUUUAUUGUUUUGAGCGCUCUUGACAUAAGCAAUCAAAAAGGUUAACUCAGAGCUCAUAACAUCACAUCUUAAUGAGUGUAAAUAAGAUCAAUAGGCAAGCAUAUAAAUCUACAAAUAAAUAUACAGACAUAUGUACAUAUUUAUAAAUGUGUAUUUACAAGCGAGUAUCUGCAAAAGAAUUAUAAUUUUAUGCAACUCAGUAGAUUUGAAAGAUCAGUAGAGAAUCGACAUUUGGAGAGAAAAGACGCUAUUAACACGAAAGCACUACACAAAUAAUUAAAUAGGUUAAUGUAAAAACAACUAAAACUAAAUCUAUAAAAAGUGUGCCAAUUAAGAUAUUCAACUGAAAGAUCAACAUAUUUUCUGGGGAAAUUGAAAACAUGAAAACCUUAAAGAAUACUUUCGCGCUUGCCAUAAUAAUAGUUAGCUGUGCGACACUUGUUGCUGCUUUGCCCCGACCCGCUAACGAUCCCAACGCCGAGUAUGAAUUGAUAAGCGGUGGCGCCCAGGUUGGUCCUAAGCCCACUUUUGUGCCAGUCACACGAAAACCACUGAUAAUAAACACUCCACCGCCGACUCCAGCAAACUCGAAGAAUUUCGCUUUUGACCCGAUCACCAAAACAUGGACUCUCGUGAAGAAGGACGCUCCCAUACCAUCGGAAGGCACGCUCAUAUGGAACCAAAGUAACGACAGAUGGCUGACCGAAAUAGCCAGGCGCGUCUAAUUAAGCCACCGACAUUUAUGUAUAAUUAAAAGUAAUUGUCGAAACAAA